AUGGUCCAAGUGAAUACUGUUGAUGUAGACAUUUAUAGGGGGUAUCAAGGUGAUAAAAUCAUUCAACAAUAUAGACAAAAGUGUUAUAUUAGUGGUAAUGGAAGGGUAAAUAUUGAUAUAGAGAGUAGGCCAAACCUCAUCUAUUAUCGAGUGAUAACACAUACUCCAGAAGGUGGACACUCCAUUGAAACAAUAAAGAGUACCCAUUGCCUUACAAAUUUCUCACCUCCACCAUCUAACAAAACUAGUGUAACGGUCUUCUAUUCUCUGUCGGAUCCAACUCAUGAAACACCACUCAUUGUUGAAUUUGGUGAUUUAAAGAAUGAGUACUACACCACUGAAGAUGGUAAUAAGUGGACUAAAGCUAGAAACAUAACUGUAGAACAUCUCAAGAAGCAUCUGGAUGAGCAAAAUUGUAAAAGACGCAACUUUCAUGUUAUAGACAUUUCCAAGAAGAGUAGUGCUUCCGACUACAAAUGUCCAGGUUGUAAUGAACAAGUCUCAGUAUCUUCAUUUUCUCCCACAUCUGGCUAUACCUAUUAUACACAUUCAAUUCGUGACUAUUACAUUGGAGAAUUAAGAUAUAAUACAGAAGAUCAAACGGGAUUAACAUGCUCUAGUAUGAUUACUAAAGUCCAUGUGUAUUGGUAUAAGGAUGAUGAAAAGCCCCUUCUCAUAUGCUUAUCUGGUGGAAAUAGUUUUUGGUACAAAAGAGAAGCUCUUAGCUCCAAAGCUUGGACAGAGGUAUCUAAGGAUAGACCUAGUAGUAUUUCCGAUGAGCCAAACAUUUUGAGGAUUCUCCUUGGGUAUCAUUCUCCAGAAGUAACAAUAAAUGUUGGAUAUAGAAAUGGUCUUGAUAGAAGUGGAAAAUCUAGUACAUAUCGGGAUAACUCAGAGACCAUUAGUAUUAGAAGGGAUGAUGUAAUGGUAGGGAAUAAAAGCACUGGAUAUAUUGGAUUUACUCAUUCUGUUAGCGGUAAGUCUUGGUUUAAAGUUAGGGAGAUUAAACAUGGAGAAACUCAACUUACUAGUAUAAAAUUGCCAUGUAUCUUUACAUCCGUCGAAGUAUAUUACCAUGGAAAAGACCCCUCAGACGAGAAGAAACUUCUGCUGAUCGGAUUAGAAAAAAUGAAUGGCCAAAAUAAGCAUGUAUAUUAUAGCAGACCACUUGUUACGGGAGGCACAUGGGCAAUGGAAGAACAUUCUAUUCAAUUGGAACAAAAUAAACUAAGACAGAUGCUGGACGCUCUUAAAAUGGCACACUUUCCCGAGUCACCUACUACCACAAUCGUUGGGUCAUCUGUUGGAAGUGGACUUGGCGGAGCAGGGUUAGGUGCUCUUGCCGUAUGGAAGGGACCUUCUCUACUCGCAAGACUAAUCACUAAGGCACUAUAA